CCAGGUCCCAAUGAAAGGAAGUCAGAGCUGCUGCCCGCCGGCUGGGAAGCCAACAAGGAGGUGUAUACGCUGCGCUACAAGUCCACGGACGAUGCCCAUGAGCUGCUGCUGAAGGCCAUCAUGGUGGAAGACAGUAUGAUCCUCAACGUCAUGGAUCGCAGUUCUCAGAAGGUAGCAGAUGUGACUUUGGCAGUGGCUGACUACAUCAACCCGGAGCACCUGGAUGAUUUCCACAAGGUGUACAAGAACACCGAGGAGCUAAGGACAAGGAUUGCUUCGGGCAUUGUCGCUCCCCUUGGGGCCCCUGCAGAAAAGGCCAAAAAGGAUCCCAAGCCUGAGAAGGAUCCUGACUUGCCCCGGGAUUACGACCCUCUCAGGGUCCCUCCCCGGCAGCCGGCAGGCGCAAGAGCACCAUCCGGGUGAGUAAAGAGCAGUCCCUUGAACCCCUUCGCUGUUGGUGGGGAAGACCUGGACCCUUUUGGAGGUCGGAGUGGGGGAAUGAUUGUGGAUCCUCUCCGGUCUGGCUUCCCACAGCCUGGCAUUGACCCAUCAUCAGGCAUUCCAGGCCGGCUUCCCCCGGGAGCAGUUCCACCAGGUGCCAGAUUUGACCCAUUUGGCCCAUUAGGAGCUGGUAGAUCUGGGCCAGAUCCUGACCACCUUCCCCCUCCAGGCUAUGAUGACAUGUUCAUGUGA